AUCAUGCAGCAAUCGGUACGAUACGGUCGUCGUUCGUAUAAAAAUUAUGUGUACAUCGAUUCAGUGCGCUUCUCAUCGAAAAACAGUCCUACAAGUUGAGUGUCCCUAAAAACAACAACGCGAAUUCCAAACACCUUUUUGAAUUAUCUAAUCAGCUCAUCUUGAACAAUAUGGCAAAUAAUAUGGACGAGUCGACUCGCGACGCACUGCAGGGCUUACUCGGCCGAGCCGAAGACUUGCUUGGCAGGGCCCAGAUGCUCCAGUCCAAAGAGUCCGGAAUCGCUGGCAUCGGGAAACUCAUCAAGAAGAUCCAGUCAGAACGCACUUUUGUGAAGUCGCUACAAAACGGCAGUAUAGCGCUGAAGGAGAACCAACUCAAGAGCACCAACCUGACGCAUCUAGAGGGCGUCCUUCACAGCGCGGAGUCCUUCGGGCACGUGCUCAGUGUCCUUCACCCGUUCCACUACGAAGGAGAGAAUGGCGCGGAGAGCACAGUGAUCGUGGACGUGGUCGCUAACGGGGGGACGUCGUGGGUGAAAGUCACUGCUCGCAAGGCCAAGGCGCUACACAGAAUAUGGGAAGGAGACGGGGAAUACGGGGAGCAUGACAUCGUGGAGCAAGCGGAGCAGUUCCUCCAAGCCAGCCGCCAGCACCCAAUCAACUACCAGCCGCCCACAGUCAACAUUGUCUUCUAUGGUGGAGUCACCAAAGCUAUCGUUGAUGACCUUGUUGAACUUGGCAUAAAACCACUUGGCCACAUCUUCCAAACCGUUGAAGACAGCCUGAAAAUACCACUUCAACUACCAGUUAUAAAAGAUUUGGGGAAAAGUCCCUGCGCCAGCCAGCCUUCUGAUGAAGACUGUCGUAAGGUCAACCUGGACGUGACCACCAUGGUGGCCUUGGUGUCGGACCUGACUCACGGCGGCUGCUGGCACGCCUUCGCCGAGCCCCUCAUCCAGGAGUUGGCCGAGCAGGAGAGACAGCGCCCCCUGGUGGCAGAGAUUGAACAGUUCCUACAAGACAAAGAGCUCUACGCGUGCCAGACAGCGAUCACCGACUUCCAGGGCAUUCUGGGAACCAUUGCGGGGCCGACGGAGUGGGACCGCUCCCAGCGAUUACUCUCUCGGAUCACCGUGGUGGAAGACGGUCCUUCUGAUCGGGCCAAGAUGCUUGAAGAGAGCCAUCGCGUCAAACACAGAGCUAAGGUGAUCUUUGGUACUGGUGACAAACUGAAAGCCAUCACAACAACAGCCAACAUUGGCUUUGUGCGGGCUGCAAGAAAUAAGGGUGUCAGUUUUGCAGUUCACAUCCACCAGUCUCGAGCCCUCACCGAGAAGAAGCGAAACAGCCCCCUCAAGGUUGACGCGAGUUUACAUUCACGCACGUCGCCGCAGGAUGCGCACUGCAAAGUGUCCGACGAAACGACAUUAAGUGGAAGUAUACAAGCGGGCCAAGAGAAUUUAGGAAACGACAAGUGCACUUCCUUUCCCACGGCUGCAAUUCCGAAGUUACAAAAGUGCCCAGAAAGUAUAUUAGCAUGAAGUUAUAAAUAUUCGUUAUUUUCCACCUUGCCAUUACCAGGCUGCAUAUAAAAAAAUAUACAGUAUGUCCCCCCAAAAAUACCGACUACUUUUAAAAUAACUACAUAACCAUGAAGUCAGUUUUGAAAUUGUUAGCUGCGGAAAGCAUCAUGUCUCUCGGUUGGUUGGUUGGUUAGUAACAAAUGUCAGCACAUGCCUUUUAUGGCACUCAAUCACCUUGUCCUGUAGGCUUUCGCAGCAACACGUGCCUCGGGUUCGUGGCCCUGAAUUGCGACAGGUUCAGAGAUCUACAGCUACCAAUUUAUAGCAGUCGUGAAAAAUUGUCACUGGAGUCAAAAACCAGAUGUUUGUACUGAAAACACUGCUAUCAAGGUCACCAUUUCGCAUUGGGGCUGGCACUGUACUGCACACAAAUUAAGUGUUCCACAUGCUAUAAAGCCCGGUUCGAACUCUGCGCGAAAGCAAAAGCGAACGCGAAUUUGUGAUGUCAUGGCAAGUAUUCGCGCUGCGAAUUCGUAAAGGUUGAACAUAUUUCAACUCGGGCGAAUUUCGCAGCGAUUGUUUCAUGACAUCAAAUUCGCUUCGCAUUCGCAUUCGCGAGAAGUACGAACGGGGCUUUAAAGGCUCCAUGCAACAACUGACCUUCAACAAAUGGGGAUCCUUUUCAAUUGACAGUCACGACCUUGUGAGUAGUUGUGCAUUUACAAGAACAGACUUUUACAUCAUGUACAUGACUUAUAGGUUACAGCAUGUCUACAGUUGGGCCGCAACUCCGGAGAUCAUUGCAAGCUUGACUCUGCAGAUACUCCUUGUCCUCGGCCUAAACCCCUAUGAGUUUCAUUUAAUUUCAGUCACGCAUCACUACACAAUUGAUCAAUUGAUCAUGACAACAUUUUUUGACUCUGUGACCAAAAUCCUUGCCU